AAAACCCAAAGUGCACACAAACAGUUAUGAAAGGUUUCGUAAACAUACCUGUCCAUAAUUUAUUGUGUUGCCAAAUUAAUAGAGGUUUUAAAAGCCUGAAAGUACACAGUUCCGAUAUUAAUCCAUCUAACUACAACACAAUGAUGAUGAUGCCGGCUGUCCUGUUCGUUGCUUUUCUUCUCGCGUCACCUAACCACGGGCAAUAUCCAGUAACACCAGCUCCACCCACACCAGCUCCACCCAAACCAGCUCCACCUACACCUACACCUACACCACAGCCACCGUCGUUUUUCCAGAUGUGGCUACGGUUUCGGAUGUGGGCUUGGUUUAUGGAAGAGUUCUUCUAGCAUCGCCCAAACAUGCUAUUGUCUCAUCCGGCUAUCAACGAAAGUACAAAUGUCUGCUUUAUAACCUGGUUGUUCCAAUACCAACGGGAACCAGUCUACCGGUGAACAGAGACAGUGGACGAACUGCAUGACGUCAUUACUGCCGCAAGACGUCACACAUAGCCAUAUGCUGCUAUAUAUUCUUACAAAGACUUAAUAAUCUUCCGUGUUAUUUUAUUAAUGCAAAUAAAAAGUAUUUGUAUUUUUCAUAAA